AUGACUGAAAUUAGGCAAUGGGAAGAGGAUGCACUUGCUGCUGCAAAACUUGAUGUUGUUGUUAUGAAAGAUAGGGGCAAUCCCGACCAACCAAACCCUAACUCCUCCCAUCGCACUCCUCCUUCCUCAUCUCCUCGCAGCCGCCACCUCCUCCCCGUCCUGCAGCGGCGCGUCCCGCCACCUCCUCCUCUCCGUCCCGCCACCACCUCCUCCUUCCUCGACGCGUCCCACAACGGCGCCCACCGCGUCGCCUGCCGGCCGCCCUCGCGGGUGGCUGCGUCCGCCAGCCCCACCGGCGACCUGCUACCCCAUCGCUGGCUUCUCCCUCACCCCUCUCUAACCCUAGCUUCCCGUCGCCGGCGGCGGUGCCCUCAUUCCCUCGCGUUGCGGCCGCGGGAGAUCCUCUCUAAGGUUCAGACCAAGCCCGCUGAUGGAGCUGCAGCCGCCGGAGGGGCCGACGCGUCGGAUGCGACCGCCCCGGCCGCCCCCGCCGAGGACCUCAAGAUCUGGGAUGCGCGUCGGAUGCGCUUCCCCAACCACGACAACGAUGACGCCCUGCCGACCUCUUCCUGGGCUUCGCAACCAACUUCCAGCAGGUCUACGCGCCGGCGCAGUGCGACGUUUACUGCAGCAACUGCGUCACCCAGGCCGUGCAGCACAUCGCGGUCGAGUGCGGCGGCGCCCCCUCCGGCCAGCCGCUGGCGUGGUCCUCCUCGAGGAGGAGGAGCAGGAGGGGCGCACCCAGCAUCAGGAGAGGAGAGGAGAGGGAGAUCCAUGGCGGCCGGCGGCCAGAUCCACGCCGGGACCGGGCCUGCUCGUCAAGGAGACCCAUGCCAUGGACUAGUAGCUCAAGCAGUCUUCUUUUCUUCCUGCCCAUCACCAUCUGCAGGGUCUACAAUGCACCACCUUGAUUUGUUGAUUCGGUCUGGAGCAGCAGCAGCAACAGCUCCUUCCUUCCAUGUAGAUGGAGGGCAUGACCUGCACAAGGAGCUCCAAGGAGACAAAGUGAUUGCUAAAAAUGACAGGGAUGAGAUCGACCGCCAAGAAUGAUGUAUAGCUUAACUGCUGUCGUAGUCAAUUUCCAACAGGGAAUACCUUUCUAGACUCCAACCUUCACAGUUCUCGUUGAUUCAUCUUGCUAGCAACUGAGUAGCUUUUUUGCAUACUUCUGUCAACAGCUCAAUGCCACCAAAUCUUUUUUGCCGUUAUUCUCUAUUAUACAACAUCUGUUAUACAUCAUACAGUGCCGAGCUCCUCAUACACCAACCAUUGUACAAACAUAUCAUGAGUGGUAGGAAAACUUUGAACCUGUAGUAUGUCACCUUGUUUUCCAGAUGGGCAAUAGACGUCGUCAUACUGUACUGUAAUAGUGUCUUACUGGGUUUCAAUUUGGUUUGCUUUGUACAAUGCUUGCACUGGAAAUGUUGAACUAUCGAGCCUCCUCUAUUCUGUUCUGCUGUAUGAUUACAAUUGCAAUAGUAUUAUUGGAUCUGUUAAUCAGUGCCUACAUGUUAGACGGCUUGAUUUUGAGAUGCAGAGAGACUCUGAUGUUUCUGCAUUCUGAUGUGAAGGCAUGUCUACAUUAGUACAACUUUGCAUGCAUAUUUUAUUGACUAGAUAUAUACGUGUUGACUAUCUGUUCCUCUAGUUUCCUGAUGUGCAUGUUUAUUUGGAUGCACUGAACCUUUGCAUGUAGUAAUAGUUCUCUGAUAUACAUGCAACCUGAUGGAACUUUCAUGCUCUGCCAUUGACCUACCAUGAAUAUAUAUUACUACAUGCCAUCUUUUUUAUUUUCAGUAGUGAUUUUGAUGCAACCUGAUGGAACUUUCAUGCUCUGCUGGUGAGAAUAAGAUGUUAUAGUCUAGAUAUAUGAUGAAAAGUAUGUUGUAUUUACACUUGUAUUAAACUGCAGCAACCGCACAGGUGAGUUGAGGCAGGGGAUAGAGAGGUUGAGCCGCUUGGGUGCUGAUCAUGUACAGCUGCGCUCUUUCCAGCGUCGACGCGACCAAACCAAUGAUGCAAGGCUUCUGUUGUUGCUGCUGCAAGUCUUCAUCAACUUAGUUGUUCCACAGGGAGAGAUAUAAAUCCUUCACUUGUUCACUUUGUAAUCUGCAGAUUACUUCUUCCAUUAAUCACCUAGUGCUCCUGUUAGUGAGAUUCAUCUAGUAUUUUUUUUGCAAAGCAUGCAAUGGUCUGGAGUAGUUGAUCAUGGCCUGAUGGAACCUCUAGCUGAACAAUAAGAUAGGUUAGUUAGUGUAGUAGAGGAAGAAAGAUGAUAUAUUUAUUAUUUGCUUUUGCUGCUUCUAUAUACACAUGUAUGUAUGUUUAGUUAUUCGACAUGCUUCUGAAAUUGAUUGUGCUUUUAGAUCGAAACACUAUGCUUGUUCAAAGAGUGUCCAUGUUGUGUGAUAUAUGAUGCUGCUCCGUUGUGCAUCUCUCUUUUCUUGUGUGCCGCAUCAUUGUAGAUAUGCUUGAUAGAGUAAAUGAUUUCAGUUCUGGUUGUGUCAAAUCUUUACUAUGUACCAUGCUAAGUGUUUAUUUUAUUGAGGCAUUGGGCAUUGGAAUUUAGGCAUUUAUGUAUAUUUUUAGUUCUGGAUGUGUCCAAUGCAAACAUUACUGUCAACUGUCAAGUUGAUUCUAAAAUGUCUUAUUAAGUUCAUUUCAGAUGGUUAUUUCUGGAUUUAGUACAAAUUUAUUGUUGACCUGGCCUAUGCUCUGUACCAAUUUAUAGCAUUAUUUUGUUAUUUAGUGUUAAAUAUGCUGUUAGAUUUACUUUUAUUUUGUUCCUAAACAUUUUGUUCUAUAACGUGCAGAUGCUGGCAUUUCAUGUUUCUUUGCGAAUAUCAGGACAAAGAAGUCGGAGGAAGCAUAGUUCUAGCUCAUUGGAGCUAAUUCUGAGAGUAAUUUGAUGUAGCAGAACUUGGCUCAUGUGAUUGUACACUUGUAGAGCUUGUUAUCUGAUUGUAUACUUGUAGAGCUUGUUAUCUGAUUGUAAUCUUGAUGCUGAUCACAUUUGUAUGUGUGUUAUAUGAUGUAGCACUUUGAUGGUUGAUAAUAUUUGAAGUAUUUCCUGUA